AUGCACGCCGUGCCGUCUGCAUUGACCGUCGGUGACAGCCCCGAGAGUGAUUAUGCACCUAAAUACAAUUGGUUCAGAGGUGUAUUCUUCCAGGCCACUGUUGUAGGAAUUUCUGCGUUUGCUGCUCCAGGGUUAUGGAACGCUAUGAACUCUGUAGGAGCCGGGGGCCAGCAAACCCCGUUCCUUGUCAUGGCUGGAAACGCGGUGCUGUUUUCGCUCAUGACGAUAACCUGUCUCACAGGCAGUAUUGUGGCCAAUAGAUUUGGUCUCAGGAACACGCUGAUUUUCGGGACUACGGGAUAUGUACUCUACUCAGCCGCGUUGUAUACCAACAACAGAUACGGAGUUGAGUGGUUCAUUUAUGUCGGCUCGGCGGCAUGUGGUAUCACUGCUGGCCUCUUCUGGGCCGCCGAGGGUGCCAUCAUGCUCAGCUAUCCUGAACCAGAAAAGAGAGGAAAAUAUCUUGCUUACUGGCUUUGCUUUCGGAAUAGCGGUGGAAUCCUUGGCGGAAUUAUCAACCUGGCCUUUAAUGCUAAAGGCAAAAGGACUGGGAAGUUGGAUUGGCGAACAUAUAUUGUGUUUGUGGUUCUUCAGUGUCUCGGCCCUGCAUUUUCGUUUCUGCUUUCACCCCCCGAGAAAGUUCGCCGUAGGAAUGGAACCCGAGUACAUCUAUCCGAACGCAUCUCGGAUUUUGCGGAACUCAAGGCUUUGGGAAGAGUCAUGAUUCGGAAAGAGAUCCUUCUCCUAACUCCUUACUUUCUCUACAUUAACUGGUGCCUUCCUUACAUCGGAUCAUACGUAUCAUUGUAUUUUUCCGUUCGAGCUCGCGCUCUUGCCUCUCUCGUUGCGGCCUUGGCCCAGAUUGUUGCCUCGCUUGUUCUAGGCACAUUCUUAGAUUGGGCAAAGUUCUCUACCAAUACUAGAGCCGCGGGCUCUUUUAUUGUCAUGAUGACACUGAUUGGAGGCUUUUGGAUUUGGGGGACUAUAAUCCAGCGCGAAUAUACGUCUAGUCCGCCCGGGCUCGAUUGGGUGGAUGAUGGCUUCGGGCGUGGUUGGGCCCUCUAUAUCCUCUGGCAAGUAAACUGGGUUCUGACCUACAACCACGCCUACUGGCUCAUUGGAAGUUUGGCCAAGGAACCAGCGGAUAUUCCCAGACUUACCAGCUACGUCAGAGCUCUUGAAAGUGCCGGCCAGUGCAUUUCCUCUGGAAUUAGCUCGACUUCAACACCCCUCAUCACGGCAUUGGGAAUAAACUUUGGAAUCUGGGGCGUGGCUGUGGUCCCAGCUUAUCUCGUUGUUCGGAAGAUUGGUGUCGAGUAUAUCGGCGUUGUGAGGGAGGAGCAUGAGACAGAAGAUGACAUCAAUGUGGUGACAAAACAAGAAAGUGGUUGA